AUGAAGAAGCCACCAGCUGGUGUAUAUGAAUUAGAUGCCAUGAGUAUGUUCAAUGCCAAAUUUGAUGCUUUGACGAGAAAAAUGGAUAAGUUAAGCAUGAAGGUUGACUCAUCAAUUGGAGGAUCUAGUCAUACAGAAGAUGUUGGUGCGGGAAAUAUGCAUUGUAUCAAUGAUUUUCCUUCCUAUGGGCAAGAGUUUGGAAAUGAGCAAGUUGAUUUUGUUGGGAAUUACAAUCAGAAACCAGUUGGUAAUCCUUUUUCUGCUACAUAUAAUCCAGCAUGGAGGAACCACCCUAACUUUUCUUGGGGAGGUCGACAAGGGCAGCAACAGAAUUAUCAACAACCUCCUAAUUUUCAGCAACAACAGCAGAAUUUUCAGCAAAACAGAGUACCACCUAGAUUUCCACCACAAAGGAAUCAAAAUGCACCUAUUCCACAACCACCAGUUCAGUCUUCAGACCAAGAUUCAAUUUUGAAGUCUAUGGAAGCAAACAAGAAGAAGGAAGUUGAAAAAGAAGAAGUGGAAAAGUAUGUGCCUCCACCACCAUACAAGCCACCAUUGCCAUAUCCUCAAAGGUUUCAGAAAGCAAAGCAAGAUAAGCAGUUUGAGAAAUUUUUGAAAGUUUUGAAGAAGUUAUACAUAAACAUUCCAUUUACAGAUGCAAUUUUUCAAAUGCCCUCAUAUGCUAAGUUCCUAAAGGAAAUAUUGUCAAACAAGAAAAAAUUGGAGGAUUAUGAAACUGUUGCACUUACUGAAGAAUGCAAUGCUAUAUUGCAUAAUAAACUUCCCCCUAAGCUUAAAGAUCCAGGAAGUUUCUCUAUUUCAUGUCACAUUGGAGAGACAAGUAUUGAAAAGGCAUUGUGUGAUCUUGGAGCUAGUGUAAGUUUGAUGCCACUCUCCAUUUGUGAAAAGUUGAAGGUAGGAGAUUUGAAGUCCACCACCAUUUCUUUGCAACUAGCUGAUAGAUCUAUCAAAUAUCCAGUGGGAAUUUUGGAGAAUAUGCCAUUAAAAGUUGGAAAUUUUUUUAUUCUUGUGGAUUUUGUGGUUCUAGAGAUGGAGGAUGUAAGAACACCCAUUAUACUUGGAAGACCAUUUUUAGCUACUGCAGGAGCUAAUAUAGAUGUGAAGAAUGGGAAAUUAAAGUUGAAGGUAGGAGAAGAGGAAAUAGAAUUCAAUCUAUUCCAAGAUUCCAAGGAAUCAACUGUGGUAAAUUCGUACUAUAGGGUGGAUGUUAUAGAAAAUGAUAUUAGAAUAGAAGAUAUUAAGUUGGAGGGAAGUCAAAUUACUCUUCAUUCUCAGUGUAAUCAGCAUACAGUGCGAAAGAAAAAGUCUCCUUUGCCACUUCCUUUUGAUAAGAAUGAAACUCCAAGAGUAAAACUUAAGGCUCCAUCUAAAUAA